AUGCGUCGCAAAUACGCAUCGGCCGUCCGUGAAAUGUACAACGCGACAAAUGUCUUGUCUACGACUCCAGUCUCCGAUAAUGGAGCGGGAAAGCACAUGCUUAUGCGACUGCUGAUGUUAAAAGGAGAAAUUGGAAGUAUCAUUGGAAAGAGUGGCGCUAAGAUAAAAAUAUCGGAGAAGGGCAUUGGAGAACGAAUCAUUAGUAUUUAUGGAGAGCCACAGGAUGUGAUUCUCGUAUGCAAGCUCUUCUGUCGCAAAUUGGAGUGGGAAACCGGUUGCUUGUUAACGUUUAGUCCGAAUAAAUUACCCAAUUCCACCGAGCGUGUCCUCUUCCUAUCUGGUGAUGCCCUGGCCGUUUGCGAUGCUGCUGAGCGUAUCUGCAAAUGGGUCGCUAAUGCCUUUCCCAGUCCCCAACUUCGGCCAAUUGCUGAAUCCGGAGAACAAGACCUGCGCCAAAGCUCAGUGAGCAGAAAGUUGCUUGGGGGCUGGAACAUCUUAAUACCUACUGCUGCGUCGACACCUCCGCACAGGCCGAUUUCGUUUGCUCAUCCACACAGUCAGACUGAAAUUAAGUCCUCGCGGGGCGAAGGGGCUUAUCCUGCAAACUCGAUGAGUUUGUCCUUUUCAUCACCACCACCACCACCACCGCCCCACACAGAGCCAUUCUCGACCGUCCAGGAUCCACACCUGCCUUUCCGCUUUAAUGUCCCUGCUAUCCCUGCUAAUAUUGCAGCCAGUAUAGCUCCACUGUGCCCCGAUAAGGCCGCAGAAGCGGCACUUCAAAGAAAUUGCGUGCACGAACUCACCCAUGAAAUGGUCUUGCCCAAUGACCUUAUUGGUUGUAUUAUCGGUCGUGGUGGACUGAAGAUCAACGAGAUAAGACGGGUAAGCCUGCAGUUUUCCGUUCUGUGGACUCAAUGCACCUUGAAAACUUUAAAAAAUAACCCCUCAUUUCAAGUUAAGUUCAGAAUAUACAAUUUAAUUUAA